AUGGUUGAACACAAUGCUUCUUCACUUGAAUACUUCCUUCAGGAGCCAGUCGACUAUGUCAUUGUGGGUGGCGGAACAUCGGGGUUGGUACUUGCUGCACGUCUGACAGAAAAUCCAAAAGUGACUGUUGGGAUCCUUGAAGCUGGUAAAUCCCAACUAGGUGAAAGUGACGUUGAGAGUACAGUUGGAUUUGGGAAGAUACUCCACAAUCCUGAGUACGACUGGACAUUCAAGACCAUUCCUCAAAAAAAUAACGCGAAUACUGUACAUCAUCUAGCAAGGGGGAAGAUGCUCGGCGGCUCCAGUGGGAUCAAUUUCAUGGCAUAUGUCCGGCCUACCUCUGAAGACAUCGAUUCCUGGUCCACCCAGGCGCCUGGAUGGACUUGGAAAGCGCUGGACCCUUACUUCCAGAAGAGUGAAUCAAUUUUGCCGGACAAUGGCUCCCGUGAGCGGCCAAAAUACCUCACCGAGGACACUCGCUGUCAUGGUGAUUCCGGGCCCAUACAGGUCUCGUGGCCGACCUGGACGCCUGCGAUUGAAGUGGAUGUGAUGAAAGCCUUGAGCAAUGUCACUGGAACUUCUCAACUGGAAAACCCAUACAACGGCCGACAUCUUGGGUUUUCUCCUCAUUUAUCAACGGUCGAUCGUCGUUUUGGAAAGGUUUCACGGAGCUAUGCAGCUACUGGCUAUUUAGAACUAUGCAGAGAUCGUCCAAAUCUGAAGAUUCUGACAGAGGCUUCGGCAACCCAGAUUUUAUUGGACAAAUGCCCGGUGCGUGCUCGAGGGGUUAAAUUCCGGUAUGAAGGUCGUGAGCAUGAAAUUUUUGCCAAGCAUGAGGUUAUUCUAUCCGCUAGCACGAUACAAAGCCCACGGCUACUGGAGUUGUCAGGAAUUGGUAAUUCUGAGAUCUUGCGAUCGGCGGGUGUUCUUGUCAGCUGCGUGACAUACGAACUGACAGAUGCACCGGACCAUGUGUUGUUGGAUUCGCUUCUUGUGAAAUCCGAUGUCUUGGAGGCCAACGUGAAACGGCUCUUGGAAUCGCAAGAUGGACUGUUAUCCGGUAUCACGGGAUUGGUCGGCUUUGCGCCAUAUGCCUCAAAUGUUCCUGAAACGUUGAUGAACUCAACGAUCGAUGAGAUUGUUGCAUCCCAUGCGUCGCCUAUGGCGGAAUAUUACCGAGAACAAAGCGAACGUAUCAUACGUCUGCUACGUGAUCCUCAGUCCCCAGUCAUUGAGAUGACUGGGAUACCCUGCAAUUUCGACAUAUCUGCGGGCCAUAGCGACCAGAGUCGGCUGGUGGCUGGCCCUCCAUCAGGGUCCAACGAUUGCUAUACGGUGCUCGUGGCCUCUGUGUACAACAUGUCGAGGGGUAGCACGCACAUUGUGACCUCCUCCGCCGUUGGAGCAGAUUCCUACGAUGAAAAACCCCGUAUUGAUCUAGCAUUUCUAGAACACCAGGCCGACGUCAACAUACUGGCGGCCGGGUUGACGUUGGCUAACCGCGCAUUUCUCCGGGAGGACCUGUCCAAGAGAAUAAAGCGGAGAGUAACGCCGCCACCUGAUGUUGAUCUCGAGGAUGAAACACAAGCACAAGAGUACAUCAGGCGGAAUAUUAUGAUGUUUAAUCAUAACCUGGGAACCUGCGCAAUGGGCCGAGUCGUCGAUGAACGCCUCCGCGUUAAAGGAGUUGCAGGUUUGCGUAUUGUGGAUUGCAGCGUAAUACCUGAUCAGAUCAGUGCCAACACCAUGGCAACAGUUUACGCGCUGGCUGAGCGUGCUGCAGAUCUUAUCAAGGAAGACUUCGGUCUAGGCUUGUCUUGA